AUUUGUCUCCGCAGUUUCUAAACUGGGGAAAACUACAAAAUGGCAUCAAAUGAUGAUGAUAUUAGAGCAAAGCAGAGGCAGAUAAGCAUUCGAGGAAUAGCUCCUCUAGAAGGUGUAAACAACAUCAAAAACAACUUCAACAAACAUCUCCACUUCACUCUGGUAAAAGAUCGACAGAACGCAACUUCAAGAGAUUAUUUCUUUGCCUUGGCUCACGCAGUUAAAGACCAGGUUUGUGGAAGAUGGAUCCGCACCCACCAACACUACCAUAAGACAGACACUAAAAAGAUAUACUAUUUGUCUAUGGAGUUCUACAUGGGAAGAGCUUUGACCAACACCAUGGUUAAUAUCGGAAUCGAUAGCGAAUGUGAAGAAGCAAUGUAUCAGCUCGGGCUAGACAUGGAAGAACUUGAAAGCAUGGAGGAAGAUGCUGGUUUGGGCAAUGGAGGUUUAGGGCGAUUAGCUGCCUGCUUUCUCGAUUCCAUGGCCACACUGGGAAUGCCAGCCUAUGGUUAUGGUAUACGGUAUGACUACGGAAUCUUUGAACAAAGAAUCAGAGGAGGCUGGCAAGUCGAGGAACCCGAUGAGUGGCUGCGUUAUGGAAACCCCUGGGAACAAGCUCGUCCCGAAUAUGUUCUGCACGUCAAUUUUUACGGAAGGAUCGAACAGAAUGAGAACGGAACAAAAUGGUUGGAUUACCAAACUGUGUGUGCUUUACCAUACGAUACACCAAUACCUGGUUAUGGAAACAACACCAUCAACAUUAUGAGACUGUGGUCAGCUAAAGCUCCAAAUAGCUUCAAUCUGAAAUUUUUUAACAAUGGUUCUUACCUUCAAGCUGUGCACGAUAGAUACUUAGCUGAGAAUAUUACACGUGUAUUGUAUCCGAAUGACUCCAUGUUUGAGGGUCGAGAGUUGAGACUAAAGCAGGAAUAUUUCCUUGUAUCAGCCUCUCUCCAAGACAUAAUCAGAAGAUACAAAGGCGGAAAAAACUUCGACUACGAGAGAGUAUCAUUUGGCGCUUUUUCUGAGAAAACCGCUAUUCAAUUGAAUGAUACUCAUCCUGCACUAGCUAUACCAGAGUUGAUGAGGAUUCUUAUAGAUGAAGAAGGUCUAGUGUGGGAAGAAGCCUGGAAGAUCGUUGUGGACACCUGUGCAUACACAAACCAUACUGUUCUUCCAGAGGCUCUGGAAAGAUGGCCAGUGUCACUCUUGGAAAAGCUAAUUCCAAGACAUUUGGAAAUUAUCUACCUAAUCAAUCACCUAUUUCUGAAAAAGGUAGAAGAAAAAUGGCCAGGAGAUGGAGAUCGGAAAAGAAGAAUGUCAAUGGUUGAAGAGGGGGGAGAAAAAUUUAUCAACAUGGCUCAUCUGUGUAUUGUUGGAUCUCAUGCUGUUAACGGUGUUGCCAGAAUACAUUCUGAAAUCAUAAAGACCAGCAUCUUCAAAGAUUUUUAUGAGAUGUUUCCAGAAAGGUUCCAAAACAAGACCAACGGGAUAACUCCUCGUCGAUGGCUGUUGAUGUGUAACCCUUCGCUAUCCUCACUCAUCACUCAAAGAAUCCAAUCGGAAUGGGUCACAAACUUGGAUUUACUGAGAAAUCUGGAACCACUGACCUCGGAUGAAGUCUUUUUGAGAAGUCUGAUUCGAGUAAAACAGGAAAACAAACAGAAACUAGCCUGUUAUAUUGAGAAAGAAUUCAACAUUUCUAUCAAUCCUUCUUCCAUGUUUGAUAUUCAAGUCAAACGAAUCCAUGAAUACAAAAGACAAUUGCUUAACUGCCUUCACAUCAUCACCUUGUACAACGAGGUUAAGAGGCACGGUUCAAACAAAAUCGUUCCUCGGACUGUGAUGAUUGGUGGAAAAGCCGCCCCAGGUUACUAUAUGGCCAAACUCAUCAUCAAAUUGGUCAACUGCGUUGCUGACGUAGUCAAUCAUGACCCUGAUGUUGGCGACAAACUGAAAGUUGUGUUUUUGGAGAACUAUCGAGUCAGUCUUGCUGAGAAGAUUGUACCAGCAGCAGAUCUGAGUGAACAAAUCUCUUUGGCGGGAACUGAGGCGUCCGGUACAGGAAAUAUGAAAUUCAUGUUAAAUGGUGCUCUAACCAUUGGUACACUCGAUGGUGCUAACGUAGAAAUGCGGGAGGAAGUUGGCGCAGAGAAUUUCUUCCUCUUUGGGAUGACUGUCGAAGAGGUGGAGAGUCUUAGAAAAGAUGGUUACUAUCCUAGAAAGUACUACGAGGAAAAUGCCAAACUUAGAGAAGCAAUUGAUCAGAUAAACAAUGGCUUCUUUUCCCCGGAGGAUCCCACUCUUUUCCGGGACAUUUUCAACAAUCUGAUGCAUACUGAUCGAUACUGCCUGAUGAAAGACUACAGUUCUUACAUCGAAUGUCAGCAACGCGUAAGCGAGCUUUACAAGAAACCUAUGGAAUGGGCACGCAUGUGUUUACGUAACAUUGCGGCCUCGGGUAAAUUCUCAAGUGACCGCACAAUAAAGGAAUACGCAACAGACAUCUGGGGAGUGGAUCCAUCUGGGAUUAAACUCCUGGCACCCCAUGAGGAGUCACAUGAUUAAUACCCAGGUGUAAAAUGUUAUGGAAUAGAAUCUGGACAAUACGAUAAUAUCAUUUCUUUGUUGAUAAGUUUCCUGAUAAUAAAAUAAAGCAUUUUUAUUAUG